GGCUGUGGAUUUCCUGGAUACAAUGCGCACCUAUUUAGGAAAUUGCAAACCGAAUGAAACUAGGGAAUUUGUAUAUGCAGUGUCAGUGACCCUAAAGGCACGCUGGUUCACGACACGUAAUGAUUCUAAGGCGGGACUAUUCGAAAAAUGCGACAAUGUCACAAGUGCUGUGGAUGUCAAUCCCUACUCGGUAUGCAGCAGUGGAGCCCAUGGGCAGUACCGGUACGACCCCGCGUACAAGUCCGGCAUUUUCUCCAACAGCACUCACGCACUGACAGUCGAAACAGAGCAGAGUAUAAAAGCUAAGCUGUGCUCCGUGAAGGCAGAGUUCAUCGACACAAACUACGGCGUUGCUGUGUACGACAUCGACGCAGACAUGGACAAGAGUGCUUGUGACAAAGUGGAAUACACUGGCCAAUAUAAAAGGCUGAAGCUUAUCAGGAAGAUAAAUGACUUCAUGAAGGCUUACACAAAGAAAUCUAUGAAAUCACAGUGUGAGAACCUUUAACGCGAACGAUAAGGACAUCAGCCGCUUUUUAGAUCGCGGUGCCUAUUAAACGUAUGAAUUCUUUUAACAUAACACUAUACGAACGAGGGUGCCUGGUGGUUUCUUAUACAUUGUUUGCUAUCAGACCGAACUACUGCUUCAAUGUUGAUAACGUAUACCUUUAGUUUCAACUUCCUACGCGCAUUUUAAACAUUCCGGGGCCUUCUUUCUCUGUAACUUAGUAUUUCUUGU